AUGCCGACCUUUUUGGCACCACCAAAUAGAUAUCUACCCCACUCACCUACCUCCAUCCAACGUACUCUCAAUUGCAACAUCACCAUUUUCUGUACUUCCGAGGCUACUAUCAAGCAGACUCUCGAUGAUGCAAUCGCCUUGAAAUCGACUUGUCUCCAUCCUAAGACUGGAAAACCAUAUAUGCUCUCUGUAAAAGCAGGGCGUGACAAUUCGCCCGAGGGUAUACAGAAUGGGUUCACGCAUCUCUUUGUGAUGGAGUUUGAGAAUGCAGAGGACAGGGACUAUUAUGUGGCGAAGGAUCCGGUGCAUCAAGUUUAUGUGAAGAUGUUGGGGGCCCUACCGAUCGGAGCGGUCAUGGUGAUGGACUUUGAGGGCGGGUGUUAUUAG